GCAACGUUGAAGAUAGUGUUGAGUUUAGAAGGAGAAGAUGAGUAGCAAGAGGAAGAUGGUUUUUCAGAUAAGGGGUUUCAAGAGCCAUGUCAUGGAUCCUGAAUAUGGUGACAAGACUUGGAACAUUCUUGAACAUGCAUUUCAUCAGAUAUACAAUCACAACACUAGUGGUCUCAGUUUUGAAGAGCUUCACAGAAAUGCUUACAAUAUGAUUCUUCACCAAUUUGGUGAUAAGCUAUACUCUGGGCUGGUUGCCACCAUGACUUCUCAUCUGAAAGAGAUGGCAAGAUCUGUUGCAGCCACUGAAGGAAGUUCCUUUCUUGAAGAAUUAAACACAAAAUGGAAUGAUCAUAAUGAGGCAUUACGAAUGAUUAGAGACAUUUUGAUGCAUGCGGAUAUGACUUAUUUCCCACAGAUCAAGAAGACACAUGUUUAUAAACUUGGUCUGAACCUGUGGAGAGAGAAUGUUAUUUAUUCAAACCAGAUAAGGACUCGACUGUCGAAUACGCUUUUGGAGUUUGUAUUCAAGGAGCAUGCUGCGGAAGAUGUUAAUAGAGAACCGAUUAGAAAUCUAUCAAAGAUGCUAAUGGAUUUAGGUCCCUUUGUUUAUGAGGAAGAAUUUGAGACUCCUUUUUUACAAGUUUCAGCUGAGUUCUAUAGGGCUGAAUCCCAGAAAUUUGUUGAUUUUUCUGAUUGCGGUGAUUAUUUCAAGAAAGUUGCAAAGCGGCUGAAUGAGGAAACAGAUAGACUGAGCCAUUUAUUGGAUACUGGGACAAAAGAGAAGAUUACUAAUAUGCUGAAGGAGACUAUUGAAAAUCACAUGCUUAGAUUAAUCCAAUUGCAGAAUUCUGGGUUAGUAAACAUGCUUUGUGGUGAUAAAUAUAACGAUUUGGGUAGAAUGUAUAACUUGUUCCAUCGUGUUCCUGAUGGUCUCUUGAAAAUACGUGAAGUGAUGACUUCACACAACAGAGAGUCCAUUCUGGAUCCUGUUGAAUUUGUGCAGAGGCUCUUGGAUGAGAAAGAUAAAUACGACAAGAUUAUAAACUUGGAAUUUAGUAACAACAAUAUGUUCCAAAAUGUUUUGAAUUCCUGGUUUGAAUUUUUCAUUAACUUGAACCCUUGUUCUCCAGAGUACAUUUCACUAUUUGUAGACGAUAAGCUUAGAAAGGGUCUAAAUGGAGUUAGCGAGGAUGAUUUAGAGGUUACUCUUGAAAAGGUGAUGAUGUUAUUCCGAUACCUGCAAGAAAAAGACGUGUUUGAGAAGUAUUACACACAGCAUCUGGCAAAGCGGCUUUUGGCUGGAAAGACAGUUUCUGAAGAUGCCGAGAGGAGUCUCAUAAUUAAGCUCAAGAAAGAAUGUGGAUACCAAUUUACUUCAAAAUUAGAGGGAAUGCUUAAAGACAUGAAAGCUUCUCUAGACACGACGAAGGGCUUUUAUGCCAACCACCCUGAGUUAGGUGAUGGUCCCAUCCUUACUAUGCAAGUUCUAACAACAGGGUUUUGGCCAACUCAAUCUAGUGUGACAUGUAACCUACCGGCUGAAAUGUCGGCACUUUGUGUGAAAUUUCAGUCUUAUUACCUCGGCAAUCAAAAUGGCAGGAGAUUGUCUUGGCAAACUGAGAUGGGCACAGCAGACUUAAAAGCAACUUUUGGGAAUGGUCAGAAACAUGAGUUAAAUGUUUCUACCUAUCAAAUGUGUGUACUCAUGCUGUUUAAUAAUGCUGAUAGGCUAAGCUACAGGGAAAUUGAGCAAGCAACCGAGAUUCCAGCUUCAGAUUUGAAGAGGUGCCUGCAAUCUUUGGCUUUGGUUAAGGGAAGAAAUGUCCUUAGGAAGGAGCCUAUGAGUAAAGAUGUUAGUGAGGAUGAUGCAUUCAUUGUUAAUGACAAAUUCAGUAGCAAACUGUAUAAGGUAAAAAUAGGAACUGUAGUUACUCAAAAGGAAUCGGAACCGGAGAAACUAAAAAUUCGGCAAAGAGUGGUGGAGGACCAGAAGCCCCAGAUUGAAGCAGCAAUAGUGAGGAUUAUGAAAUCUAGGAAGCAACUUGAGCACAACAAUCUUAUAGCUGAGGUCACAAAGCAGUUGCAGUCGCGAUUCCUUGCAAAUCCAACAGACAUAAAGAAACGGAUUGAGUCUCUCAUUGAAAGGGACUUUUUGGAGAGAGAUGAUAGUGACAGAAAACUGUAUCUGUAUCUUGCUUAG